GAUUUGUAUAUGACCGACUUUUCUCCGAGUCCCUCUUUAUUUUGUUUCCCACACUCACCACCAAGCAAAAUUCCGACCGAAAAGUUCUCGGGAGGAUGGCGGAGUUUCUCUUCGAAGAUAUUUUCAAGAUUGAGCGGCUGAACCCAGAUGGGAAAAAGUUUGAUAAAGUUACUCGAAUUGAAGCAAAGAGUGAGAAGUUUGACAUGUUCAUGCACCUGGAUAUUAACACAGAGAUAUACCCAAUGAAGGAACGUGAAAAAUUCUCAAUGGCACUCAGUUCUACUCUUAAUGAGGAUGGAACUCCUGACACUGGAUAUUACACUCAGGCCAAUCGGAAGACUCUUGCUGACAACUAUGAAUAUGUCAUGCAAGGGAAGUUAUAUAGAAUUUCAGAAGGUCCUGGACAUGGUGGAAGAGCAGAGAUAGAUGCUUCAUUCGGUGGGCUUUUGAUGAUGCUGAAGGGUGAUCCAUCACAUUUCAAGAAGUAUGAACUUGACCAGAGGCUAUUUCUGCUGAUAAGGAAGGUGUAGAAAUUGUAUGAUAAUCUGGAAAAUCAGAAAGGCUCUCAAAGUUCUGUGACAAUAUGGACAAUUUUUAGCUUCCUGCGAUAUGGAAAUUCUGUACUGUUUGCUGCAUCAUCGGUGUAUGUUAAGACAUGACUGCUGUGACAAUCUAAGACUUUAUGGUAGUCAAAAUAAAAUUUCUGGUGUUCUUUUUC